AUGGAAUUUAUCGAGCUUAUCCUUAUCAAUAAGCUUGAUGGAGUUACAUUAAAAUAUCCACAUCAUGAUAACGUAGAUGGAACAGUAUGUAUAACAGGACACCACCUGAUUUUAAGUUCAAGAAAAGAAGGCGUUCGAGAGCUAUGGCUACUUCACAAAAACAUAGAUAGCAUAGAGAAAAAAGAAUAUAAAGUAAGUGGAGGUGUUGUACAAGGAGGAUCACUAUUUUUAAAAUGUAAAGAUCUUAGGAUAUUUCAGUUAGAUAUUAGCAACUCGAUGGAACUUAAUCUGGUUGCACAAACCUUGGAGAAUUUAUCUAGUAUACAGGACCCUAGUCUUUUUUAUCCAUUUUUUUAUCGUCACAUGCAUCCUGUUAUGGAAAAUGGAUACACUUUAUAUAGCAUUGAAGGAGAGUUCACAAAAGUAUUAGCAACAGAAGAAUGGCGUAUUUCUCGUGUAAAUCAACAUUAUACAGUUUCACCUAGUUAUGCACAAUCUGUGGUUGUACCAAAGGUUAUUGAUGAUGAAACAUUGUUGGCUGCAGCAAGCUUCAGACAAGGUGGACGGUUUCCAGUUCUCUCCUACAGACAUAAUAAUGGGGCAGUAUUAUUAAGAGCUGGCCAGCCUCUCUAUGGACCAAAGCACAGGAGAUGCAAACCGGAUGAACAGCUUUUGAAUUCUGUUGUCAAUGUCGGUAUGAAGGGGAUUAUCUAUGACUUAAGGAGCUCUAACUUAAUAUCCCAACAACAAAAUAAAGGUGGCGGAACGGAGAGUGCAGCAAAUUACUCCCAAUGGAGAAUUUACAAUCGGUCAAUGGACGACGUGGAUAACCAACAACAAUUAUUGGAAAGUUUUUCUAAACUGAUUGAGGCCUGUAUGGAUAAGGAGAUAUCCUGUGACAAAUGGAUGUCGCGUUUGGAAUCGUCCGGUUGGGCGGAAUCGGUGCGGAAUUCUUUGCACACGGCCUGCAUAAUCGCACAACAUAUACACCAUAAAGGUGAACCAGUGUUAAUACACGGAACGCGAGGCGAAGAUGCUACAUUACUUGUGUGUUCGUUGGUUCAAAUAAUUUUGAACCCAGAUUGUAGGACCAUAAGAGGUUUGCAAGCGCUAAUAGAACGUGAAUGGCUCCAAGCUGGUCACCCAUUCGGGUCUCGUUUACGUUGUGGCCCCUACUCUAGCCAAUCCAGGGCUGCGCCAACGUUUUCACUAUUCCUGGACUGUGUCAGGCAGUUCCUGGAGCAGUUUCCGUGCAGUUUCGAAUAUCGGCAAUCUUUUCUCAUCGCAUUGUUUGAGCAUUCUUACGCAAGUCAAUUUGGUACAUUCCUCUGUGAUAGCGACCAAGAGCGAUCAACACGCGGUGUCUAUAGACAGACAACCAGCCUAUGGUCUUUUGUGAACCAGCCUGAUGAGAUCUGUGCCUAUAUCAACCCUUUGUACGACCCUACUCCGAGUGUUAUAUGGCCAUCCGUUGCGCCCAUGAGCUACGUUAUUUGGGAAGAGCUGUACCUCCGUUGGCUGGUCCCCCAAAGGACGGAAGAACGCGAAGAACAGUACAAGGUGAUUCGGACCAGGGAACAGCAUUUGCGGUCACAGGCCCAACAACUUCGGAGGGAGUUGAUGGACUUGGGCCGUAGGUAUUAUAAUUUAGAUAAUUAA